AUGUUCCAGGCGCGCUGCGCGCGCGCCCCUGAGCAGUGCCUGCGCUACUGCUUCCAGGCGGGCGCGGCGCCGCUGUGGCCCAGCCGAUCGCGGCGGCCCAAGGCGGGCGACAUCCCCCCCUGCCCGCACUGCGGCCGUGCGCGCCAGUUCGAGUUCCAGGUCAUGCCACAGCUCGUCAGCUUCCUGGGGGAGGAUGACGAGGACCCCCAGGCACCAGACUGGGGCACGAUCGCGGUGUACACCUGCCCGGCCAGCUGUGCAGUGGGUGUGCAAGGCGGCGGCUCGGCGUACACCGAGGAAUUUGUGUGGGUGCAGCCGUCGUAA